CAGCACUAUCAUUAUUACCAAUAGCACAUAUGUGGUGCGGAUUACAGCAUUUAAUUCGUACUAAACCAGCUUAUGCGAAUAUUACACAAUUUCUUGAUUUAUACCAUCAUACAUAUGGUCCGAAUGGGCGAUUUCCACCACAUAUGUAUAAUCAUCAUCGCAAUGCAAUGCACAAUUAA